AUGUAUGCAACGACACUCAUUACCAACUUGAAAUGGAAAGGCAUGGUCUGCUAUCAAUAUUGCGAUAUAUAUCCGUUCCUUUCGGACAUGUUUCUUAACCUCGAUGGAGAUCCUGAAAUAAAUGUGAUGUGUACUUUAUCAUGCCAGCUUUUCGUUUCACCAUCGAAUUCAAAUGCAAUACUCAUGCAAGGUGGUGCUGAAAGAAUCUUUGGAACGGCAAUCCUGUUUUUAAAGUAUGGCCACACCCAUUCCACAAGAUUAGCGCCCGAUAAUGACUUAUCAUUAGCGAGUUUAAAGAAUCGAAGAUGGGGCCAGUUGUUUUUCGACAUUGGCUAUAUCUUAUCUCGUGGUCAAAACAGCGAUGUCCUGCGAACAGACAGUAUGAUACCAAUGACAUGCCAUAUACUAUCGUUGUUCCAAGGGAAACCUACUUUGAGAAGGGAAGUAGAGAGUCACGUCGAAUAUGAGAGUUCUGAUUACGCUGCUUUCUUUCAUGCUAUACCUGUUAUUUAUCAAUUGGCUGAUUACGUAUCUCAGUGUUUAAAGAAUACUGAUGAUCUUAACCGUCGACAGCAAGUGUUCAGUGAUUCGAUAUCGUACGUCGUGCAACACAUAAUCAAGCUUGAAGGGACGGUCUCGGGCAGUAAAGCUCAUAAUGAAGUUGAUUACGGUCAAUUAAAUUUUGAGGAAAACGACCCGGGAAACUUAGGGUACUCUGGGCGUGCAGUAAGUUUCCUUCAUCCCUUGCAUCUGUUCUUAUCUUGGCUUAUUGAAUAUGCAGCUUAUACGGAUAAAGCGCUUUUGCUCGACAUUUUCGCAAAAGCUUCGAAAGAUGCUUGUAAUGAUUCAAGCAAAGAGUCAUGGGAAACGAGUGUCAAGAUUCUCUUCCAUUACCCAAUCCAAUCCAUUGUUUUAGCAGCUCAAGUUAAAACUGGGUUUUGGGUCCGUAAUGGCUUCAGCGUAAAGAACCAACUUCAGCUUUACAAGAGUACGGGCUUAAGAGAGCAAGGGUAUUUACGCGAUAUUUUUUUGGCACAGAUAUAUCUCAUAUGUAACGACGUCGACAAGGCUGUUCGCAACAUCCUAGGUAUCUGGCUUUUGAAUGAUGAGUAUUUACCGGAUAAGAAAUGCCCUUAUGAUAUGUCAAUGUUGCCAUACAUCCUCGAUCAAUGUCUCAGCUUUUUUCUUCAUGUGCUAACCGAGGGCCUCUUCUCGAGACACUUAGGAGCUAAUGAGAUUACCAAGGCGAAGAUAGAAGAUGAGAUCAUUCAUCAGCUAUGUCUAGGAUCCAUGAAUUAUUCCAAAUUAUGCUCUCAGAUUCCAGACCACAUUGUUUCGGAGCGAUCUUUUGAUUCAAUAUUAGAGACCGUUGCUCAGUUCAAAGAACCUAGAUCAGGGAAUGAGACGGGAACUUUUGUCUUGAAGGAAGUAUUUUACGAGAGAGUGAAUCCAUAUUACCAUAACUAUACACUGAAUAAGAAGGAUGAAGCUAUCAAGCUUAUCAAGGAGAGAAUAAGGAGAAGGACGAAUCGCCCUAUCGAAGAGGUCUUCAUACAGCCUUCGGUUGAGCUAAGAAAGGGAGUCGGUAUCUACCAAACUCUUGCAAACUUUACUGCUUCGUUCCACUUUGUCUCCUUCUUAGCAACGUGCCUACGUUAUGUUCUAUCAGAAGGACCUCAGAAGUUUGAUAGCUUGUUGGAUACCCUUCUACACGUAAUCCACACUUCUGCCUUGGAAGUUAACGUGACCGUCGAACCAAGCGAAUCAUUCUGCAAUAAGUCUACGAGACUAUUGCCGAACGUGCACUAUUCGUUGGCUGGUUUGUUAUACAAGGCUUUACUCCAUGAUGAGAUUAAAGAACACCACUCUAAAGUACGAGCUAUAAUACAAUCCUUCAGCGAGCACGUGGAACAAUUCUUUGCUGUCAUGGAAGCUUCUGUUGAGCAUUUUGAUCCAAAGCUACUUUCUACACCGAACGAGAGUCACACAGAGAACGAGGCCGAACGAAGGAAAAGAUUAGCUUUUCAAAGACAAAAUAGGCUUAUGGCUAAAUUCAAGAAACAACAGUCUCUGUUUCUCCGCCAGAACGAUAUUGCAUCAGAUUUUAGUGACGAUGAAAUGGAAGAUAUCGAAGAGGAAGGCUGGAAGUUUCCCGACUCACAUUGCAUUCUUUGUCAAGAUACAGCGAAGGAUGCUGGACCACUAGGUGUGAUUGUGCAUAUUUCAAGGUCUUCAGAAUUCAGGGAUGUACCGUUUGAGGACGACUACUGGUUCCUAAAAGCGUUCUCGGAUAAUCUGAAUUUGAAUGAAACAGAUGAUAAUUCUUUCCCAGAAGCAAAGUCGGCGCGUUAUCAGGAAUAUAUGGAGAGAACUGAAGGUGAGUUUGUGGUCGGACCCGGCUUUGAUAAUCAGGCGCAUGUUAGCAGCAGACUUGUAUCACUGACUUGUGGCCAUGGUAUGCAUUUCAAUUGUUAUGUGCAAUUUCUCUCAAGUAAUCGUUCAAGGUCAAACCAUAUAACGCGGAAUACCCCAGAUAACAUUGAGCAUCGUGAGUUUUUGUGUCCUCUUUGCAAAGCACUUAACAACAUGUUCGUUCCGAUCCUAUGGGCAGCUAAUAACAGGUCUAUGAAAAAGUUGCUACUGCCAGGCUCGUCGGAAUGUGAUCAUUUCGAAUCAUUACUGAAGAAUAAUUUACAGAAUAAGUUUUGGCUAGAAAAUUUCUGCAAGGCGGCAUCUGACGACCUUCAGGAGUUCUCGAUCUUGACAAAUUCAGCGAAAGAAAUAAUUGGCCAGGACGCGGAAUCGCUGGAAUCCCCAGGUCAGCAGCAGUUCCGUAUCCUUCUCUCCAACAUGUUUCAAAUUUUGUCACUUCUAACAUUCCCCGAAAUAUUUAAGGCCGAUUCCUCCAAUAUCCUUGUUAAUACCAUCAAGUCGUUAGAAAUGAGCCUACGCGGAACAUCCUCGAGCUCUGGUUUGUUAAUUGAACAAAUCUCCAACAGCGCAUUAAUUAAUUUAAGAGCAUUGAAUGAAUUUCGAAUCACCAGUCUUAUAAUGAAGACAUCGAACUGGAUCAAAAACUCUGCAAAAAAACCUGAUACUCACGUCAAAAUUCUUGCUAAUGUUUUAACGUUGUCUGCGGAGCGCUUCAACCAAACGAUUAUUUAUCAUGAUUUUUUGGAGAUACUCGUCAAUGUCUUACCUGUACCGUCAGCAGGGUUUUCGUUUCAUGAAAUUUUAAAGUCAUGCUUCAUCGGACGUGUCAUUCAAACCUUCCAUAUUCUUGUCACUGAAUUUCGUGACAGAGACUUUUUCCGUCGUGAGAGUUACGAUAUUUUGGAUGUUCCUUUUUCUGACUUGAUAGCUUAUGAGGAUUCUGUGAGCACAAUUCAAGUGCUCAAUUCCAUGUUUGCGACAGGUCUGUAUGGCGAGAAGAACGAUCAAAUAUUGUGUGAGCGAAGGCUCGGCCUUGUUGUCUUCUCAAUGUUGCUCAAAAGUGUAACACCAUUUUUACGUCAAGCUGCAAUAUUCGCUUUUGUGAAUUGUCAUUCAGAUAGCGAAGUUUCUGGAUUGUUUGAAAACUCUGUUUUUGAGGCGGAUAGGUUAUGCAACUUACUCAAUCUACCGACCUUAAGUGUUUCCAUCAAAAGAAUGUGCGGAGAAAGCUUCAUGUCUACUUUGGAAGCAAAGAGAUUUACGUCUUUCUUGGCCUUCGUUCAGCAGAAAUCUUCACUUUAUAUUGAAGACCCUGAUAGUCGUGUUAAACUUGAAAGCGGUAUGAUGAAUUCAUUCGGCUAUUUUGGCUACAACAUGAUAUACCAAACUACAUUGUACGAAAUCUUGAUAGUGUGA